AUGGAUGUGAAACCGUACAAGGGUGGACGAUUUGAGAAAAUCGGAUCGGAAGAAGCUCACACGAUUGAAACUUUCGAACGACGUAUCCAUGGAACCCCGCAUAGCGAGCCAAAACGCCAAGUGUCCUCUAAGCAAUAUACAGAACGAAGGACCUAUGGACGAGACGAAAAUGGGGAAAUAGUUGUGAAAAUUGAAAAAAACCCUUCUGAGCCUGUUCGUCCCGCCACCCCUGUCCAGCCAAUUGCACCUGCUGGGGAUGACUUUGCCAACCACCUGUUACAGCCUAUUCAACCACUACAUAUUCCAAGAAUAGAUAUACAACCGGCCAAUUCUUUGAAGAAUGCUUCCCCAAGGACAAAAUACUACGACGAGGUUUCGCCAAGAAGCGGCUCCAUCAAUCUGGCCUCUCCAAGGUCCGUAGCCUCUUCUCGGUCAGGAGCAGUGUCCCGUGGAAGCAAUACCAGUGUGAACUCGGCAAACUUGCCAUUGAAAAAGCUGACCAAAAAAUCUCGUUGGGUUUCAAUUCACGAUGGACGGCCAGUAUCUCCUUAUAAAGAAACCGUUUCAUACGAAGUAGCUUUCCCAAUCCUACCAGAUCGAUAUUCAAGUGCCUCAGGACGAUCGGUUUCAAUUUCGCCCAGAAACUCGAGAAGACCAAGUGAAUGUGCAUAUUUAAUGGAAAAUCCGCUGUAUCAAGACUAA